CCAAAAAAUAAAAAAAGAACCUUCUAUUUUCACCAAAUUUCUAGUUUUUUUUUUUAAAAAAAAAAAUACAUUUUGAAAAGUUUAUUAUGCAAAUAAAGUGUGUACAUAUAUAUAUAUUGUGUAUACCUAUCUGUCCUUGAGAGUGGUGAACACGCAAAACACUCCUCAAAAGAAUCACUAACCAACUCAAAAAUCCUAUUUUUUUUUCUCUCUUAAUACAUACAAAAAUAUAUAAACUUUCACAAAUAUAAAUUUAUGUAAAUAAUUCAUUUUCAACCCUCAAUUUGUGUCUUAAUAUAGUUUCUUGGUGAUUCUUGAAAAUGGGUUGUGCUGGAUCCAAAGAAAAUGCUAAACAGAUACGAAAACCAAAGGCUUGGAAGCAUUCAGAACCUAUUACGAGGGCUCAACUUGUACAGAUGCGUGAUGAAUUCUGGGACACAGCACCGCAUUAUGGAGGUCGAAAAGAGAUUUGGGAUGCACUCCGAGCUGCAGCAGAAUCGGAUAUAAGCCUCGCACAAGCAAUCGUGGACAGUGCCGGAGUAAUUGUGCAAGCCCCUGAUUUAACAGUAUGCUAUGAUGAGAGAGGCGCCAAGUACGAGUUGCCCAAGUACGUUCUAAGCGAGCCAACUAAUUUGAUUCGUGAAAACUGAAAUUUGAAAAAGACAACUCCUUCCUGGACCAUGCUUCAUUGAGACUGUAAAUGGUUGUAAAUUUUCUGUCAAGAGUUAUUUCUUUCAACAAUAUGUAUUGUUUUCUGCAUG